ACUGUAAAGUACCGCAGUGGCGUGAGUUGGGUUGAAGGUCCAGCAGUUGCUAUAAAACCACAAAUGAGGCCAGGUCUUUUAUAAUAGUAUUUUUAGGGUGUUCGACUAAAUAGACUAGAAUGUUAGGUCUACUCAUUUCAUUCCUAGCAACGGUGCAGAUCAGUUUGGUCUAUGGUAAGUUUGUUGUUGAAAUGAUUCAUGUUAAUUUUGUAGUAAUCUUGGUUAGUGAUAAAUUGGUGGAACAUAAUAUGAUGACAGAACUUUGACCUAUUCGACUUAAGAUUUUAUAACACAAAAAUCUUCGAAAUAAAAUCUAAUUUUGAACAAUCUUAUUGAAUACUAUUGUGCAUAUAAGCAUUUAAAGGAAUAACACAUUAUGUUAUGUAUGUUAUAUUUAUAACAAUAUGGUUUUCUUUCUUAAUAUUAUCAUUUUGACAAUCUCACUGUGGAGAGAAAGGAAACGAACACAACAGUGAAGAUAGCGACAGAGACAGCUGGGGAAAUAGUUACAGAAUGCAUGCAAACAGAUAGAAAAUACCGAUGGGAAUCAGUCACAGAAAAGAGUUCGGAAAAUAGUCACAGAAUACUGUUUGGGAAAUAGUCACAGAAUACAGUUUGGGAAAUGGUCACAGAAUGCAGUUUGGGAAAUAGUCACAGAAUACAGUUUGGGAAAUGGUCACAGAAUGCAGUUUGGGAAAUAGUCACAGAAUACAGUUUGGGAAAUAGUCACAGAAUGCAGUUUGGGAAAUAGUCACAGAAUACAGUUUGGGAAAUAGUCACAGAAUACAGUUUGGGAAAUAGUCACAGAAUACAGUUUGGGAAAUAGUCACAGAAUGCAGUUUGGGAAAUAGUCACAGAAUACAGUUUGGGAAAUGGUCACAGAAUACAGUUUGGGAAAUAGUCACAGAAUACAGUUUGGGAAAUAGUCACAGAAUACAGUUUGGGAAAUAGUCACAGAAUACAGUUUGGGAAAUAGUCACAGAAUACAGUUUGGGAAAUAGUCACAGAAUACAGUUUGGGAAAUAGUCACAGAAUACAGUUUGGGAAAUAGUCACAGAAUACAGUUUGGGAAAUAGUCACAGAAUACAGUUUGGGAAAUAGUCACAGAAUACAGUUUGGGAAAUAGUCACAGAAUACAGUUUGGGAAAUAGUCACAGAAUACAGUUUGGGAAAUAGUCACAGAAUACAGUUUGGGAAAUAGUCACAGAAUACAGUUUGGGAAAUAGUCACAGAAUACAGUUUGGGAAAUAGUCACAGAAUACAGUUUGGGAAAUAGUCACAGAAUACAGUUUGGGAAAUAGUCACAGAAUACAGUUUGGGAAAUAGUCACAGAAUACAGUUUGGGAAAUAGUCACAGAAUACAGUUUGGGAAAUAGUCACAGAAUACAGUUUGGGAAAUAGUCACAGAAUACAGUUUGGGAAAUAGUCACAGAAUACAGUUUGGGAAAUAGUCACAGAAUACAGUUUGGGAAAUAGUCACAGAAUACAGUUUGGGAAAUGGUCACAGAAUACAGUUUGGGAAAUGGUCACAGAAUACAGUUUGGGAAAUGGUCACAGAAUACAGUUUGGGAAAUGGUCACAGAAUACAGUUUGGGAAAUGGUCACAGAAUACAGUUUGGGAAAUAGUCACAGAAUACAGUUUGGGAAAUGGUCACGGAAUGCAGUUUGGGAAAUGGUCACGGAAUGCAGUUUGGGAAAUAGUCACAGAAUACAGUUUGGGAAAUGGUCACAGAAUACAGUUUUGGAAAUGGUCACGGAAUGCAGUUUGGGAAAUGGUCACAGAAUACAGUUUGGGAAAUGGUCACAGAAUACAGUUUGGGAAAUAGUCACAGAAUACAGUUUGGGAAAUAGUCACAGAAUACAGUUUGGGAAAUGGUCACGGAAUGCAGUUUGGGAAAUGGUCACAGAAUACAGUUUGGGAAAUAGUCACAGAAUACAGUUUGGGAAAUGGUCACAGAAUGCAGUUUGGGAAAUAGUCACAGAAUACAGUUUGGGAAAUGGUCACAAAAUACAGUUUGGGAAAUAGUCACAGAAUACAGUUUGGGAAAUGUCACAGAAUGCAGUUUGGGAAAUAGUCACAGAAUACAGUUUGGGAAAUGGUCACAGAAUGCAGUUUGGGAAAUAGUCACAGAAUACAGUUUGGGAAAUAGUCACAGAAUACAGUUUGGGAAAUAGUCACAGAAUACAGUUUGGGAAAUAGUCACAGAAUACAGUUUGGGAAAUGGUCACAGAAUGCAGUUUGGGAAAUAGUCACAGAAUACAGUUUGGGAAAUAGUCACAGAAUACAGUUUGGGAAAUGGUCACGGAAUGCAGUUUGGGAAAUGGUCACAGAAUACAGUUUGGGAAAUGGUCACAGAAUACAGUUUGGGAAAUAGUCACAGAAUACAGUUUGGGAAAUAGUCACAGAAUACAGUUUGGGAAAUGGUCACGGAAUGCAGUUUGGGAAAUGGUCACAGAAUACAGUUUGGGAAAUAGUCACAGAAUACAGUUUGGGAAAUGGUCACAGAAUGCAGUUUGGGAAAUAGUCACAGAAUACAGUUUGGGAAAUGGUCACAAAAUACAGUUUGGGAAAUAGUCACAGAAUACAGUUUGGUAAAUAGUCACAGAAUACAGUUUGGGAAAUGGUCACAGAAUACAGUUUGGGAAAUAGUCACAGAAUACAGUUUGGGAAAUAGUCACAGAAUACAGUUUGGGAAAUAGUCACAGAAUACAGUUUGGGAAAUGGUCACAGAAUACAGUUUGGGAAAUAGUCACAGAAUACAGUUUGGGAAAUAGUCACAGAAUACAGUUUGGGAAAUAGUCACAGAAUACAGUUUGGGAAAAGGUCACAGAAUACAGUUUGGGAAAUGGUCACAGAAUACAGUUUGGGAAAUGGUCACAGAAUACAGUUUGGGAAAUGGUCACAGAAUACAGUUUGGGAAAUAGUCACAUAAUACAGUUUGGGAAAUAGUCACAGAAUACAGUUUGGGAAAUGGUCACAGAAUACAGUUUGGGAAAUGGUCACAGAAUACAGUUUGGGAAAUAGUCACAUAAUACAGUUUGGGAAAUAGUCACAGAAUACAGUUUGGGAAAUAGUCACAGAAUACAGUUUGGGAAAUAGUCACAGAAUACAGUUUGGGAAAUAGUCACAGAAUACAGUUUGGGAAAUAGUCACAGAAUACAGUUUGGGAAAUAGUCACAGAAUACAGUUUGGGAAAUAGUCACAGAAUACAGUUUGGGAAAUAGUCACAGAAUACAGUUUGGGAAAUAGUCACAGAAUACAGUUUGGGAAAUAGUCACAGAAUACAGUUUGGGAAAUGGUCACAGAAUACAGUUUGGGAAAUAGUCACAGAAUACUGUUUGGGAAAUAGUCACAGAAUACAGUUUGGGAAAUGGUCACAGAAUACAGUUUGGGAAAUAGUCACAGAAUACAGUUUGGGAAAUAGUCACAGAAUACAGUUUGGGAAAUGGUCACAGAAUACAGUUUGGUAAAUAGUCACAGAAUACAGUUUGGUAAAUAGUCACAGAAUACAGUUUGGUAAAUAGUCACAGAAUACAGUUUGGGAAAUAGUCACAGAAUGCAGUUUGGUAAAUAGUCACAGAAUACAGUUUGGGAAAUAGUCACAAAAUACAGUUUGGGAAAUAGUCACAGAAUACAGUUUGGUAAAUAGUCACAGAAUACAGUUUGGUAAAUAGUCACAGAAUACAGUUUGGUAAAUAGUCACAGAAUACAGUUUGGGAAAUGGUCACAGAAUACAGUUUGGUAAAUAGUCACAGAAUACAGUUUGGGAAAUAGUCACAGAAUACAGUUUGGGAAAUAGUCACAGAAUACAGUUUGGGAAAUAGUCACAGAAUACAGUUUGGGAAAUAGUCACAGAAUACAGUUUGGGAAAUGGUCACAGAAUACAGUUUGGGAAAUGGUCACAGAAUACAGUUUGGGAAAUGGUCACAGAAUACAGUUUGGGAAAUGGUCACAGAAUACAGUUUGGGAAAUAGUCACAGAAUACAGUUUGGGAAAUAGUCCAAUAAAAUAUCAAAUGCUGAAGAAAUUUGCAAUACAUUCAUUUUUUCAUUUACAGCCGCCUGUCCAACAAUAGUAACAAGGGCAGCAUGGGGGGCCCGGGCCCCGAAAAGCGUUUCUUACCUGACCAACCCUGUGCACUACGCUUUUAUCCACCACUCAGAGGCUGGUGAAUGCAACGACCGGACAUCGUGUGCUGCUUUGGUCAGGAGCUACCAGAAUUAUCACAUGGACACUAAUGGUCAGCAUCUUUUGACAGAUACUAUCUUGCGCGGAUUAGUGCCAGAUAGAAAUUGGGAGAUUUCCUUCAAGUUAAUCACAUUAAAACCUAAUUUUUUGUUUUCGCCAAAACUCUCGAUUCUUUUGCAAAAAAAUGUUAACAGUAAGAUUCAAAGUUGUGGUAUUUUUAAUUUAGACUUUGGACCAUCGAUAAAAGAGAGUUCGAAUAUCAGGGACAAAGUUGUGUUAUUUAAAAUAAUUUGACAUUAGAUAAAACUAUAGUUGAAAUAAGGGGCGUAAUGACGUCUAAUGCCGCCCGGGGCGGGCCGAGAAUUUUGCCGCUCCCAUCAAUUAAAAAACAUCCUCUGCAGUUGGCCGAAGAUAUGACGGACCUCCCGCAGCCACCCCGCGCCCUACCCCAAUGUUUAAAAUAUCAAGGGGAAAAGUCGGAAACAAUAACUCAUGAACAUAGUGCGGGAGACAAAAAUAACCCCACUCCUGGGUGAGAGGUCACCUAAAUACCCACUCCUGGGUGAGAGGUCACCUAAAUACCCACUCCUGGGUGAGAGGUCACCUAAAUACCCACUCCUGGGUGAGAGGUCACCUAAAUACCCACUCCUGGGUGAGAGGUCACCUAAAUACCCACUCCUGGGUGAGAGGUCACCUAAAUACCCACUCCUGGGUGAGAGGUCACCUAAAUAGGCAAUUUUUUUAUUUUUUUUUUAAAUUCUGAGAUUUUAAAUGAGAUUAUUCACCAUGAUGACAUUCAGUAAAAUGUUGACGUACCAUAUUACCUUGAAUGCCAUGAUGAAAUUGUAACUCUUUAAGUCGCUUCGAAAUACCCGUCUGUGUCAUCAUAUGGCUAAUCUUUUCUUGUCGUUCUCAAUAUCAAAUAACUUUCUUAUCACCACCACCCCCCCCCACACUUUUUUUUUCGGUAUGGGAAAGAGGGAGUGUGCGGGUGUGGGCGGGGGGGGGGAGGGGGUGAGGGUUCACAUCAAGAAGAGUGGAGAGUUCUCACAUAGAGGUGUAGAAUCAAUUUGGGGCAUUUUGAUAUCCAACAUCAUAAUGUUUACGAUUACGUCAUCAGCCGGCGAUCGAACAGAAAAAAACUUAUUGGGACCCACGGUUUGAGAACCCGCGUCGUAGGGAUUGCGACAUCUAUUAAUAGCCAGCUGAAUUUUAAACUUUACAACUGUGUGUAUAUCAUUAUCUACACAUCUAUAAAUAUACAGAUAUGAUGUUUUCUUGCGUAUCCGGAAAUUUGAUCGAAAGAAAUUUCGUCGACGGUAAAUUGAUCGACGGUAAUUUGAUCGAACGGAAAUAUGGUCGAAUCUUUUUUUCCGUUUUUACGUUUAAAUUUUGCUUCAAAUGUCUUUUUGAACGCACUAUUUUGUUUCACUAUAUAGUAUUAGUGCGUUCAAAAAGAAAUUUAACGAAAAUCUUAACGUGUGAACUGAAAUAAGAUUCGACCAAAUUUCCGGUCGAUCAAAAUACCGUCGAUCAAUUUACCGUCGACGAAAUUUCUUUCGAUCAAAUUUCCGGUAACCGUUUUCUUGAUCAAUAACUUAAUGGUCUUGCUACAUAAUCCAGGCUGGGCUGACAUCGGCUACAGCUUCUUGAUUGGUGGAGACGGCAGUGUGUUUGAAGGACGAGGCUGGGAUAGGGUUGGGGCUCACACCCAGGGCUACAACAGUGUUGGAUAUGGUAAGUCUUGAGGGGCUGGGACAGGGUUGGGGCUCACACCCAGGGCUACAACAGUGUUGGAUAUGGUAAGUCUUGAUUGGCUGGGACAGAGUUGGGGCUCGAACCCAGGGCUACAACAGUGUUGGAUAUGGUAAGUCUUGAGGGGAUGGGACAGGGUUGGGGCUCAAACCCAGGGCUACAACAGUGUUGGAUAUGGUAAGUCUUGAGGGGCUGGGACAGGGUUGGGGCUCAGACCAAGGGCUACACCAGUGUGGAUAUGGUGAGUCUUGAGGGACUGGGGCAGGGUUGGGGCUCGAACCCAGGGCUACAACAGUGUUGGAUAUGGUAAGUCUUGAGGGGCUGGGACAGGGUUGGGGCUCACACCAAGGGCUACAACAGGGUUGGAUAUGGUAAGUCUUGAGGGGCUGGGACAGGGUUGGGGCUCACACCAAGGGCUACAACAUUGUUGGAUAUGGUAAGUCUUGAGGGGCUGGGACAGGGUUGGGGCUCACACCCAGGGCUACAACAGUGUUGGAUAUGGUAAGUCUUGAGGGGCUGGGACAGGGUUGGGGCUCAAACCCAGGGCUACAAUAGUGUUGGAUAUGGUAAGUUUGAGAGGCUGGGACAGGGUUGGGCUCACACCCAGGGCUACAACAGUGUUGGAUAUGAUAAGUCUUGAGGGGCUGGGACAGGGUUGGGGCUCACACCAAGGGCUACAACAGUGUUGGAUAUGGUAAGUCUUGAGGGACAGGGUUGGGGCUCACACCCAGGGCUACAACAGUGUGGAUAUGGUAAGUGUUGAGGGGCUGGGACAGGGUUGGGGCUCACACCCAGGGCUACAACAGUGUUGGAUAUGGUAAGGCUUUAGGGGCUGGGACAGGGUUGGGGCUCACACCCAGGGCUACAACAGUGUUGGAUAUGGUAAGUCUUGAGGGGCUGGGACAGGGUUGGGGCUCACACCAAGGGCUACAACAGUGUUGGAUAUGGUAAGUCUUGAGGGACAGGGUUGGGGCUCACACCCAGGGCUACAACAGUGUGGAUAUGGUAAGUCUUGAGGGGGUGGGACAGGGUUGGGGCUCACACCCAGGGCUACAACAGUGUUGGAUAUGGUGAGUCUUUAGGGGCUGGGACAGGGUUGGGGCUCACACCCAGGGCUACAACAGUGUGGAUAUGGUGAGUCUUGAGGGGCUGGGACAGGGUUGAGGCUCACACCCAAGGCUAAAACAGUGUUGGAUAUGGUAAGUCUUGAUGGGAUGGGACUGGUUUGAGGCUCACACCCAGGGCUACAACAGUGUUGGAUAUGGUAGGUCUUAAGAGGCUGGGAUAGGUUUGGGGCUCAAACCCAGGGCUACAACUGUGUUGGAUAUGGUAAGUCUUUAGGGGCUGGGACAGGGUUGGGGCUCAAACCCAGGGCUACAACAGUGUUGGAAAUGGUAAGUCUUGAGGGGCUGGGACAGGGUUGGGGCUCACACCCAGGGCUACAACAGUGUUGGAUAUGGUGAGUCUUUAGGGGCUGGGACAGGGUUGGGGCUCGAACCCAGGGCUACAACAGUGUCGGAUAUGGUAAGUCUUGAGGUGUUGGGUCAGGGUUGAGGCUCAAACCCAGGGCUACAACAGUGUUGGAUAUGGUAAGUCUUUAGGGGCUGGGACACUGUUGGGGCUCAAACCCAGGGCUACAACAGUGUUGGAUAUGGUAAGUCUUGCAAUGGCGAGAAUACAGAUUGAAAAUUUAGCUAUUUUAUGCUCUUCGAAUGUUUUUAUUCAUUAGUUUGUUUGUGUAACUGGCGACCUUUAUAAGAUCACACACCCGUGCGCAACGAUGACCUAGAUCACAACCGGUGUGCACUGAUGACCUAGAUCACACAGAGCACAGUAGACAACUCAAGCAGUAUCCAUUGGUGUCUUCUUGAGUUGUCUACUGUGCUCUGUUUUUUUUUGGGUUAUAUUUUCAUUUCUACUGUUGGUUGAGGAAGGCUUUAUGCCGAAACGUCCUUGUUUUUUGUCCUGUUGUCAAGCUUCCACAUACCUCGUUUUGCUAUUUCAUUAAUUAUUUUCCCCCUCUUGUCUCUGCUAACAGCAUUCUGCUUCAUUGGGAACUUCAUGACCAAAUUACCCACAGCCGCGGCCCAACAAGCUGCCCAUGACAUCAUCGGCUGCGGAGUGACCAGCGGAAAGAUCCAAUCAGCGUACGUCCUGAGAGGUCACCGCGACAUGGGCGGUGGCACUGACUGCCCCGGUAACACCCUGUACAACGCCAUCAGGAGCUGGCCUCACUAUUAAACUGUUGAAUCAUAAG